ACUGAAUUCAUCUAACAUCUGCCCUGCCAUUUGAAGAAAUUGCAGAAAUCGAAAUACAUUUUGAGCAAAAUCUUUUCGUCCGUCAAGAACCUCGACUACUACUAUUUUCGAAGUAUAAUCGAUAUCGAUCAUAAUGUCGAACAACAAAGACCACAUCCCGCAACAAAAGCCAGACGAAGAAGAGGAACAAAAAGGCACCGGAGGACUCCUCUCUGGAAUCGGCGAUCCAUUAGGUAAAGGCCUCAACACAGUCCUCCGGCCAAUCGGCGCACCACUCGAAAAGGUCACGCAACCGCUCGGUAAUGCGCUCGGAGGGGCCACACGUGGAGCUCUUGGCCCUCUCAUGGGCGAAAAAGAAGAGAGAAUGGAGAUCGUCGGUGGGAAUAACAAGGAUUCUUAUAAUAAGCCAGAGAAGAUUGCGGGGAAGGAGCAGACGGGGCAGAAUCCGUUGGGGUUGGACCAGACGGGUCGGUGGGGGUUUCAGGAUUAGAGUGGUGGUGGUAUUAGGGAGGCGGGGGAGAGGUUAGGGUUUGGGGAUUUGAGGGG